AUGCUGUUGCUGCAAGCUGUUCUCCUGCUAUUAGCCUUGCCUAGUCCUGCUGAGGAUACCCCAACCGAGGGGCCAGGAGUCCUGAUUCCCCUGACUAAGGAGGCCUGCCAAGGUUGGAUGGCAGGCAUCCCUGGACUUCCUGGCCACAAUGGGACCCCAGGUCGUGAUGGCAGAGAUGGCACCCCUGGCGAGAAGGGUGAGAAAGGAGAUGCAGGUCUUGUUGGUCCUAAGGGUGACACUGGUGAAGUUGGAGUGACUGGAGUGGAAGGUCCCCGAGGCUUUCCAGGAACCCCAGGCAGGAAAGGAGAGCCUGGAGAAAGUGCUUAUGUAUACCGCUCAGCUUUCAGUGUGGGGCUGGAGAACCGGGUCACUGUCCCCAAUGUUCCCAUCCGCUUUACCAAAAUUUACAAUCAGCAAAGCCACUAUGAUGGUAGCACCGGAAAAUUCCACUGCAACAUUCCAGGGCUGUACUACUUCUCCUACCACAUCACAGUCUACACGAAGGAUGUGAAGGUGAGCCUCUUCAAGAAGGACAAGGCUGUGCUCUUCACUUAUGACCAGUACCAGGACAAGAACGUGGACCAGGCCUCUGGCUCUGUGCUCCUCCACUUGGAGGUGGGUGACCAAGUCUGGCUUCAGGUGUAUGGGGACGGGGACCAUAAUGGACUCUAUGCAGACAAUGUCAACGACUCUACCUUCACAGGCUUCCUUCUCUACCAUGACACCAUCUGA